AAAAUAUCAGUAUUGCGAUAAUUGUCGGUUUAGCCAGACGUUUUUAAAAUGCUCCCUUACUUAAUAGGGACUUUAGUACUAUUAUGUGUUAUAAAUAUUUUAUUAAAUUAUAAUGAACGAGCUAGAUUAAUUAAGAAGAUUCCUGGACCGAAGGAUGAUUUUCUCUUUGGAAAUGCGCUAACCAUUAUACGUUCACCAGUUGAAAUUAUGAAAAUGGGAAGAGAGUUCGCCGCGACAUUUGAUGGCAUCUUCAGACUUUGGAUCUUUCCCUACUCAGCCGUGGUUAUCUACAAUCCCGAAGACGUUGAGAUAGUCAUGUCCGGUAUGAAGCAUAGUGAUAAGAGUAUCAUCUACAGUAUUAUGAAGCCAUGGCUAAGGGAUGGACUACUGUUAAGUAAAGGUGAAAAAUGGCAUGACAGAAGAAAAAUUCUUACACCGGCUUUUCACUUUAAUAUACUGAAGCAGUAUUGUGAAAUAUUUGAAAGGAAUAGUGAGCGGUUAAUAGACAACCUGAAGCGAUCCCCGGGCAAAGCCAUCGACGUCGUGCCUGUACUCUCAGAAUUUACACUUCAUUCAAUCUGUGAAACAUCAAUGGGUACUCAGCUUGGCGAUGACACCACAGAAGCUAAGUCAUACAAAAAUGCCAUCUACGAUUUAGGAAGCAUUUUCUAUGAACGUUUGGUUAGAAUAUACCUAUACGUAGACUUCCUUUUCUACUUAACGCCAUGGGGAAGGAAACAAAAGAAACAUUUAAAAGCUGUUCAUAGUUUCACAGAGAAUGUUAUAGAGCAAAGGAAAGAAUACAUAGAGAAGAACGGAAUCAACUUUAAUGAACAGUUAGAUGAUGAUGACUCCUUCGUGUAUAAGAAGAAGAAGAAGACCGCUAUGCUAGACUUACUCCUAUCUGCUGAAAAAGAUGGCCUUAUCGAUAGAGAAGGGAUAAACGAAGAAGUGGACACAUUUAUGUUUGAAGGUCAUGACACAACAGCUAGUGGGCUUACGUUUUUCUUCAUGGCGCUUGCAAAUCAUAGAAAUAUACAGGACAAAAUAGUUGAUGAAUUGAAAGACAUCUUCGGCGAAACAAAGCGCCCUAUAACGAUGGACGACUUGUCUAAGAUGAAAUACUUAGAAUGCUGCAUCAAGGAGUCGCUGCGUAUGUACCCGCCGGUGCAUUUCAUCAGCCGCAACAUAAGUGAAACUACAGUAUUAAGUAACUACACUGUACCAGCCGGGAGUCACUGUCACAUACCGAUCUUGGACCUACAUCACCAUCCACGUAUUUACAAAAACCCGAAUGUUUUCGACCCCGAUAGAUUUCUACCAGAGAACAGCAUCGGCCGCCAUCCCUACGGGUACAUCCCAUUCAGUGCUGGCCCCAGAAACUGCAUCGGACAAAAAUUUGCGAUGAUGGAGAUGAAAGUAGCCACUGCGAAGGUUUUACAGGAGUUCCACUUGUUGCCGGUCACCCGCCCUUCUGACGUGGUCUUCGCCGCUGAUAUAGUAUUAAGGAACGAUGGCCCUGUCUCGGUGAAAUUCAUCAAACGAGAGUAAAAAUUCCACCAACUUGUUUCAUAUCAGUCUCGCAUUGACUGUCGGAGAUUGACGACACUUAUCAUGUGGCUGUACUUAUUAUCGUGCAUACUAUUGUUAUGUGUUUUACACGUUUUAUUGAACCACAAUGAACGUGCUAGAAUGAUUAAGAAGAUACCUGGACCAAAGGAUGACUUUAUUAUAGGAAAUGCAUGGAGAGUCACUUGUUCCUCAGUUGAAUUGAUGAAACUUGGAAGAACAUUCGCUAAGAAAUGGAACGGAAUUUACAGAAUUUGGAUCUAUCCAUUUGCAGCCGUGGCUAUAUACAACCCAAAAGACAUUGAGGUGAUCAUGUCAAAUGUGAAGUACAAUGAGAAAAGCUUGAUCUACUCGAUUGUAAAGCCGUGGCUGAAUGACGGUUUAUUAUUGAGUAACGGUGAUAAAUGGCAACAGCGCAGAAAAAUUCUGACGCCAGCUUUCCAUUUCAACAUCUUGCGCCAGUUCUUUGUCAUGAUUGAAGAGAACUCACAGCGGCUAUUGGAGAAACUAAGUGAAACCUCUGGAGAGGCCACAGAUAUUGUGCCUAUUCUUUCAGAAUUCACUUUAAACUCCAUCAGUGAAACUGCUAUGGGAACACCACUCAGGGAAUACCCCACGAGCAUCGUAAAAUCAUACAAGAAGGCCAUUUACGAUCUGGGAAACAUAUUCUUCAAUAGAUUCAUAAAGGUCUAUUUAUACCCGGAUUUCAUAUUUAAAGCCACGCCAUAUUGGUUCAGGCAAAAAAAGAAUCUGAAAAUUGUGCACGGGUUUACUGAAAAAGUUAUACAACAGAGGAAGGAAUACAUCAAGGAACAUGGUUUUAGUAAAGUUGAAACUGAGGAUUUUGAUGAUUUUGUCAUGAUGAAGAAGAGGAAGACAGCCAUGUUGGAUCUUCUUAUAUCUGCCGAGAAGGACGGACUCAUUGAUGAAGCGGGUAUUCAAGAAGAGGUUGAUACAUUCAUGUUUGAAGGUCACGACACCACAGCGUCUGGACUCACAAUGCUAUUGAUGUUACUCGCGAAUCAUACAAAUAUUCAAAACAGAAUAGUGUCUGAACUAAACGAAACAUUCGGUGACUCGACUCGUGCGGUUUCUAUGGAAGAUUUACCAAAGUUGAAAUACUUAGAGCGUUGCAUCAAGGAAUCUUUGCGAAUCUACCCGCCCGUGCAUUUCAUCAGUCGAAAAUUAAAUACCACUACAGUAUUAAGUAACUAUACGAUUCCUGCUGGUUCUUUAUGUCACAUACCUAUCUACGAUUUGCAUCAUAGCGAGGAGCUGUACGAGAAUCCAGAAGAGUUUAAUCCCGAUAGGUUUCUACCUGAAAACAUUGAGAGUCGGCAUCCGUAUGCCUACAUACCCUUCAGUGCUGGACCUAGAAACUGCAUAGGUCAAAAGUUUGCCAUGAUGGAGAUGAAGCUGGCUGUAGCUGAAGUGCUGCGGGAGUUCGAACUGAAGCCAGUAACACGUCCUGAAGACAUCGAGAUCACAGCAGACCUCGUACUCAGAAACAACGGACCAGUCGAGGUAACCUUCGUACCACGACACUAGAAUGUAAAGCUGAAUUCCUAGCUUAAGAAAUUUAAGAGAGCUGCUUGUAAAAUGAUAUCUGUGCUUGAAGGCAAUUUUAAGUUAAAUGUAUUUUAGUAUAUGCAACUUGUAUUAUUUAUUUUAAUAAAAUAAACAUUACUGACUAAAAAUAA